AUGAAGAAACUGGGUUUAGACCCAAUUCUUCGGUUGGAAGAUGGGCGUGGAACAGAAUUGGUGAUGCAGAAUCUGGCUUUGUACGAAAUCUCCACCAAAGAAAAUGGCGCGGGGCAACAUAGCCCCCGUGACGUCGAUCCCCCAGGUGGCACAGUGCCCCCACUCACCCUAUACCUGUACCAGAGACGUGCGGAGUCAAUUCUAGGCGCGGACUACCAAGAAUAUCCUCUUCAGGGCUUUCUCAAGUGCGUGAGGAUAGGACGAGAGGCAACUUACAACCUAGAGUUCAGGCUGCUAGAUCUUCCAGAUUCGUUCAGACCAUCAAUCGGUCUCCACAUAUCAAAUUCCACAUCUAGCGGUUGGAGGGUCAGCUCAUUCACGGAUUUGCGCACAUCCAAAGAGGUCACCGCCAGCGUUAAGCGUUUCUCAGCCACAAACGCGCGCCACACCACCUUUUUGGACAAAUUCAUUUAA